GGGGCGCGUGUGUGAGCGCGCACGCAGCCUCCCUGUGCCCGGCUCCUCCCCUCCCCCCCUCGCUCCGGGUCCUGCUCGCUUGUGUCGCUUGGCGGCGGCUGGGGCUGCUGAGGAGACGCCGCCGGAGCCCGGGCCGGCCUGUGAGCAGGAGCCGCCGCCCCGCCCCCCCCCAAAGACUCAAGAGCCGCCUCCGCUCCCCUCGCCCGGCGACACCCGCUCCCUGGUGCUGCCCGCCCACCGGCCCGCUGCGGAGAGCGCAGAACUCCUGAUUUCCAUUCUCUUGUGGGGAAGAGUUCCUGUUAUACUUGAGGAUUCAGUUUGAUUUCUGUGGAAACGGGUAUUGGACUCCUAGGAUCUAGUUUGACCAUUCAUUAAGUGUGCAGACGGUUAAAAGUGAUGCUGUUUAAUCCAAGGGAUUACCUGUCUUCGUAGCCUUCUGAGCGAAACCUCUUCAGGGAAUCCUACCUGCUUAGAAUAUGUAGCAGAUGGUUAGUUCAACAUGGCAGACCAGAGGCAACGUUCGCUGUCUACCUCCGGAGAAUCAUUGUACCAUGUUCUAGGACUGGACAAGAAUGCCACUUCCGAUGAUAUUAAAAAGUCAUACAGGAAACUUGCAUUGAAAUAUCAUCCUGAUAAGAACCCAGAUAAUCCAGAGGCUGCAGAUAAAUUUAAAGAGAUCAACAAUGCACAUGCAAUAUUGACUGAUGCCACAAAACGAAACAUAUAUGAUAAGUAUGGCUCCUUGGGCCUGUAUGUAGCAGAGCAGUUUGGAGAGGAGAAUGUGAACACAUACUUCGUCCUAUCCAGCUGGUGGGCAAAGGCCCUGUUUGUGUUCUGUGGGCUCAUCACAGGCUGCUACUGCUGUUGCUGUCUGUGUUGCUGCUGUAACUGUUGCUGUGGAAAGUGUAAACCUAAACCUCCUGAAGGCAGCGAGCAGGAAUACUAUGUCUCCCCAGAGGACUUGGAGGCACAGUUACAGUCGGACGAAAGGGAGGCUGCAGACACACCUAUUGUGAUACAACCAGCAUCAGCCUCAGAGACCACCCAGCUCACAACCGACUCUCACCCCAGCUACCACACUGAUGGAUUUAACUAAGUUAAGGAAACACUGGUUUAGAAUGGAUAAAUAAAUACAUGGUCAACUCAA